UCCAACACUUCUCUCAAAAGCAGGCCCGGCGUUUUUGCUGUCCGAAUUUCGUGCUUUGCCUAGCAACUUAUUUUAGCUCCAUAAACAACUUAAGUACAAAAUGACCGAGACCGAGAAAAUCGAGGUACGCGACGUGACGCGCAUCGAGCGCAUUGGCGCCCACUCGCACAUUCGCGGAUUGGGACUGGACGACGUUCUGGAGGCGCGUCUGGUCUCCCAGGGAAUGGUGGGUCAGAAGGAUGCCCGCAGAGCCGCCGGAGUGGUGGUGCAGAUGGUGCGCGACGGCAAGAUUGCCGGCAGAUGCAUCCUUCUAGCCGGAGAACCAAGUACCGGCAAAACGGCCAUCGCCGUGGGAAUGGCCCAAGCUCUGGGCACAGAAACCCCAUUUACCAGUAUGUCUGGAUCGGAGAUCUACUCCCUCGAGAUGAGCAAAACCGAGGCUCUGUCACAGGCUCUGCGCAAGAGCAUUGGCGUUCGCAUCAAGGAGGAAACCGAGAUCAUCGAGGGCGAGGUGGUGGAGAUCCAAAUCGAACGCCCAGCCACGGGAACUGGACAGAAGGUGGGCAAGGUCACCCUGAAGACCACCGAGAUGGAAACCAAUUACGAUCUGGGCAACAAGAUCAUCGAGUGCUUCAUGAAGGAGAAAAUCCAGGCGGGCGAUGUGAUCACCAUCGACAAGGCUUCCGGAAAGGUGAACAAAUUGGGACGCAGCUUCACCAGAGCCAGGGAUUAUGAUGCCACUGGUGCCCAGACCAGAUUCGUCCAGUGCCCCGAGGGGGAGCUGCAGAAGCGCAAGGAAGUGGUGCACACUGUCACGCUGCACGAGAUCGAUGUGAUCAAUAGUCGCACCCAUGGAUUCCUAGCUCUGUUCUCCGGCGACACUGGUGAAAUCAAGCAGGAGGUACGCGAUCAAAUCAACAACAAAGUUCUCGAAUGGCGUGAGGAGGGCAAGGCCGAGAUAAAUCCGGGAGUGCUCUUCAUAGACGAGGUCCACAUGCUGGAUAUUGAGUGCUUCUCCUUCCUGAAUCGCGCCUUGGAAUCGGACAUGGCUCCGGUGGUGGUGAUGGCCACCAAUCGCGGCAUCACUCGCAUCAGGGGCACCAACUACCGCAGUCCCCACGGCAUUCCCAUUGAUCUGCUCGAUCGCAUGAUCAUCAUACGCACAGUGGCGUAUCUUGAGAAGGAGGUCAAGGAGAUCCUGAAGAUCCGCUGCGAGGAGGAAGACUGCAUCAUGCACCCGGAUGCUCUGACCAUUCUGACGCGCAUCGCCACGGACACGAGCCUCCGCUAUGCCAUUCAAUUGAUUACCACGGCCAAUUUGGUUUGCCGUCGUCGCAAAGCCACCGAAGUCAAUACCGAGGAUGUGAAGAAGGUCUACACGCUGUUCCUGGACGAGAAUCGUUCCAGCAAGAUUCUGAAGGAGUACCAGGACGACUACAUGUUCAGCGAGAUCACCGAGGAGCUGGAGCAGGAUCCUGUUUCUGGUGGCGGUGCCAAGCGUCGUGUGGAGGCCGGCGGCGGAGAUGCCCAGCCCAUGGAGCACUAGAGCCUGCAGAUUAGUUUUCCAGCAACCUCCCAGUACAUUCUCAUGACUAUUUUAUCAUCAAUAAAUAAGUUUCCUUGUAUCUACGAUUAAUUUAGAUGCCUUUGAUUGCGGUGUUUCACCAGGAUUGUGAAUAAUAAAACAUUAGCAUACAAGUUUCUUAAAA